AUGCGUUACCUUCUUCUUUUUACUGCUGGUGUGGCGCUUGCUGAUUUCGUAUCUCAAAAUUCGGGAUACGAAGCUGCUGAAAAGUUACAACCAAGUCCAGUUCCUCCGGUAUCUGCUAGUGGAGGGGAUCAGCAGGCAUACAACACCGACGGCAAUCAGAAUCCAGAGGCUCCUCCACAGGACCGUCGCCCACCUUCACCACCAGCAUCAGUCCAGAGUCCGCUUGCACAGGCGCCUCCAUCCUCCCUUCAUAUACGGCCACCACUCACAGCACCAUCUCCACCUGGCUUUUCAGGACAGGGUCAGCCUCCAUUUAUUGGAUCGAAUUCAUCUGUACAGCCACAACUUCCUCAAUCAACCUUCACUGCACCUGCUCCACCUCCUUAUCCACCACAACCUCAACCUAAUCGUCCAGCAUCGGCCGAACCUACCAAAGUACAAUCAUCUCCACCUUCGUUCCCAACUCCAGGAGCGAAGCCUCUUACUGGGGAAUCCACGGUACGUUCUCAGUACUUCACGUUCUGUUCUUGA